UAUUCGGAAAUUUUCAAUAAAUUGGAGUUGGUCGGCGGCACUUGUCAAUUUGGACUGGACUCUGCAGAGGUUUAAUACGUUAAUUUGGCCGUCGCAAGUUUGAAGACCCAACAAGAUGGCACUCAAGGUAUUUGCAUUCCUUCUCUUUGUUGUGAGCAUGGCUCGCGCUAUUUCCUUCAAGGAACAACUGUUGACUAAACAUAACGAGGAACGCACACAGGCGAAGUCAAGCAUGACGCCAUUAACUUGGAGCAGUAAGCUCGCAAAUUACGCUCAAGAAUGGGCAAACGGAUGCAAGUUUGGCCAUCGUUCAAAUGAAGAAUUGGCUUCCAAGAAUCGUGGGGAGAAUAUCUUCGCAGCGUGGGGUUACGACAUGGCCACCAUUGGAACGUCCGCCGCAAAGUCCUGGGCCUCUGAGAAGGAUGAUUACACCUACAGUUCCAACAGCUGUAAAGAUGGGGAGCAGUGUGGCCAUUACACAGCGAUGGUGUGGGAGGCUACCACGAAAGUUGGCUGCGGUUCCAAGGAAUGCAGUGACGGCAUGCAGGUGGUCGUCUGUAACUAUUCCCCGGCUGGUAAUAUGAUUGGCUCCAAACCCUAUUGAGAACUUUUACAUGUGAAGAUGGAUGUAAGGCGAUAUACAAGGUGUCCAAAAAAAUUCGGUUUUAUAUUCGCAUGACUGAGGUGAAUCAGGCCGUAAAAUCUUUGAGUUUGGUAGUAGGAAAUUUGAAGUCGGAAAUCUAACGCGGAAAUUUGAAGGGAUGCUACAAUGACGGAAGUGCAUCUCGUUUGACCAGCGGGCGUGGUUAGGCGUAUUUGUAUGUCCCUAGAAUAUGACAAGGAACCACAAUCUCUCGUCGCAAGCAAAAAAGGCGGGAGUAAUAAGCCUUUAUCGUCCAUAAUCCGGCCGCAUCAUCCGACUUAGGUACAACUACUAUAUAUGGGCCCUAGUCCGAUCGAUUUCGACUCAUACGAGUCGUGAGUUAAAAUGAGCACUUCAUUCUACAUGUAUGUAGAUCACAUUUCAAAUUUAAAUCGUAUCAUCUUGUAACAUGUAGGUACUGAAUAUUUUCCUGAUUUCAAAAUAAUUUUUUGGACGCCUCGUAUUUUGACAAACAUCCCCUGACGAGUCAGAGAAUACUACCAGCAGAUUUCGAUAAGUUGUAUCAAAAUGAAAGAUUAGAAUAAAACUCGACAAAAAAU